UUGUCUCAGUUGUAGAGCCACAGCACUGCAGACAUGUCGAUUGGAGUGCCAAUUAAAGUCCUGCACGAGGCUGAAGGCCAUAUUGUGACAUGUGAGACCAAUACGGGAGAAGUUUACCGAGGCAAACUUAUUGAAGCUGAAGAUAACAUGAAUUGUCAGAUGUCCAACAUCACGGUGACAUACAGAGAUGGACGAGUGGCACAGCUGGAACAGGUGUACAUCAGAGGUAGCAAGAUACGGUUUCUCAUUUUACCAGACAUGUUGAAAAAUGCGCCUAUGCUAAAGAGCAUGAAGAAUAAAAACCAAGGUUCUGGAGCUGGGCGAGGAAAAGCAGCUAUUCUCAAAGCUCAAGUGGCUGCAAGAGGAAGAGGCCGUGGUAUGGGCCGUGGCAACAUCUUCCAGAAGCGAAGAUAAUUUUGGUCUUGACUGAUGUGCUUUUUUUAUUAGGGGGUAUUGACUUGACUACAUGUGCAUUGUUAGCAGUUUUGUCUAAUAAAUGUUUCUGACAAAAA